UUAUAUAAACGUGUUCCUCUUUCUCAUCAUCAUCAUCAAAUCAUCUCUCCAUUUUCCACAAACUAGAGAAAUUAUACUUGAGUAAUCAGCUACUAGUAUCAAAGAAUCAUGGGAACGGCUACCUUGGUAGAGAUCUUGCUCGCCAUUUUCCUCCCUCCUGUUGGUGUCUUCCUCCGCUUUGGCUGUGGGCCGGAGUUCUGGAUCGACUUGUUGCUGACAAUAUUGGGAUACAUACCGGGGAUUGUUUAUGCAAUUUAUGUGCUGACCAUUUAGUGCUUCAUUAUUGAAACUAUUAAGUGGAUCGAUCACUGUAUUAGGAUGAUGGCCUUCCAAUUACUUCAGUUUGUAAUUCAGUUUGCUUUUGUGAUUUGAACUUGGGAAGUCUACGUUCUUUGAUGUAUCUCUCUUGGGUUAUUUGCCGCUACAAACAAUAAAAGUUACAUGUCAAACUUAUUGGUUGAUA